AUGAUACUAGGUGUCCAGGAGCACGUUGUUAAUCAUGAUGAGAAAACACAGUGGGUCCAUUCUAGUCCCCUGGGGUACUCCGCACGUGAGUGGCAGAAGUCGAAACUUGACGCUGCUGCUUUUGAAAUGACCGUGGUGUGGUCCAUCAGACGCUGGGAGGUGCUCUCCUACGCCCAUCUCCGAGAACUUACUGACCUUGCAAACGUGACCUUGCUGACCUUCGUGGCCCCCGAUGUACACCAUAAGGUCCACGAGCAUUGGCACCAAUUCCCGGUACCACAUCCGCUCUGGCACCCAGUCCUUGGCACUCUCUACGCUAUCAUAGGUCUCCUGGCGCUGACGGGCAACGGCAUGGUGCUGUGGGUCUUCGCCAUGACCAGAAGCCUCCGCUCGGGCACCAACCUCCUCACCAUGAACCUGGCGCUCUCAGAUCUCCUCAUGAUGCUCACGCAGUUCCCGGUCCUCAUUUCGAACUGCUUCCACCAGUCGUGGACGCUCGGGCCGCUGGCUUAUCAGAAAUUACUGUACUUCUCUCUACGCCCCUGUCCCCUGCCCCCCGCGCCCCAGAUCUACGGCUUCUGCGGCGCCCUCUUCGGAACCGUGUCCAUCAUCACCAUGGCCCUCAUCGCCUUCGACCGGUACCGCGCCAUCGUCACGCCCUUCGCAGUCCCCACUCAGCAGGAGGAACUAAUCCUUGUGCCCCGUAAUCACCAGGGCGGCGGCUGA